AUGACCGAAUCCACCACCUCCCCCCUCUCCGGCCUCUACACCCCCACCCAACUCGCCCGCCUCUAUUACGGCCCCGGCUCCGUGGCCAAACACCUCCUCUCCACCCUCCCCUCGCCCACCUCCAAAGCCUUCAUCAUCACCGGAAACUCCCUCGCCACAAAGACCCCCCUGGUCAAAGACGUCGAACAACUCCUCUCCCCCACCCACCACGCCGGCACCUUCUCCAACAUCCGCGAACACGCGCCCAUCGCCCAGCUCGACGAAGCCACCGAGCUAGUCGCCAAGGACUCAACCAUCGACACGGUGAUCAGCAUAGGCGGCGGCUCCCCCAUCGACUCGGCCAAAGCUAUCUCCCACCGCACGCACGCGCGCACGGGGAAGUGGCUGUUCCACAUCGCCAUCCCCACCACCCUCUCCGCGGGGGAGUGCACCUACGCGGCCGGCUACACCGAGUCCUCGGGGGUGAAAACCGGCGUCAGCGACGUGCACCUCGCGCCCUCGGUCGUCAUCUACGACGCGAGCUUCGCGCAGCACACGCCGCCUACCUUAUUCCUGUCGACAGGCCUGCGCGCGCUCGACCACGCGGUCGAGCUGCUCUACCACGAGACCAUCAGCGAAGUGCCCGGGCGGGUCAUGUGCCUGAACGCCGCCGCUGCUCUGUUCAAGGGCCUCCCGCUGUAUAAACACGACCCAGGGGACGUGGACACGAUCACGCGGCUGCAGCUCGCGGCGUUCGAGAGCCUAGGGUUCCGCGGCACGAACGUCAAGGGCGGCAUCGGGCUGAGCCAUUCGCUGGGAUACGCGCUGGGCAGCCCGUACGGGAUCCCGCACGGCAUCACCAGCUGCCUGACGCUGGGGCAUGUGGUGAAGCUGAAGGCGGGGGAUCCGGCGGCGGCGAGGGAGGUGGCGCGGGUGCUGCCGUUUGUUGGGGGCGUGGCGAGUGGGGAUGAGAGGAGGGAUGCGGAGGAGGUCGGGGAGAGAAUUUUGGACCUUGUGAGAGGGUUGGGGUUGAAAAAGACGCUGGGGGAGUAUGGGGUGGGCGAGGACCAGGUUGGGGUGAUUGUGAAGAGGGCGACGGGCGGGUUGGAGGAGGGGGAGGUGUUUGAUAGGGUUGCGCAAUUGGUGAGGGGGUUGUGGUGA